AUGCUGGCAGGAGUCUACUGCGAUAUAAGCUCAUAUGAUUUUGGGCUGCUGCUGGAAGUGAGUGGUUACGACGAAAAACAACCGCAACUGGUUGAGCAUGUUAUCAAGCGAAUGACUGACUUCAAACCGGAUCCUCUCCGCUUUGACAACCUACUGGACAACGAGAAGCGAGAGUUUAAGAAUUUUUUGCUUUCGGAACCCGAAAAGCUGUUACCAGCUUAUGCCGAGCUGUUACUCCAAGACUUUAAGUGGACCGUUGAACAGCUGCUUGCCGUUUGCAAAAGAAAGCGUUUUUUUCUAUUCCUAGAUCCUUGCACGAAGUCCUAUGAUAUGGUCAAAAGGAUUUUAGAUCUCAAUGUACAAGAAGUGGAAGCAUUCGGAAAAGAGAUGUUUCGCGCUUUCUCUAUUGAAUUUUUUAUUCAUGGCAACACAACAGAACAGGUGUGCUUCUUUAUCCGUUGUGCCGUACUUUACAGUGAGUUAUAG